AACUGCGUGGUACCGAUUUAAAACAACUAGUCUGCAGUCCAUCUCAAAUUAAUUUACUCAGAAUAGCUGUACUGUAUGUUUAAAUAUAUGAGUGUUCAGUGAGACCACCGGCGUUUUUAAAAUGUGUUAUAUGUCCAGUAUCAUCCCCCUUAAUUUAAUUUGCAAUGGUACAGUCAGUGGGCAACAUGGCGCUGGGGAGACUUGGUAGAUGUUGUCGCUCGUUGCUACAUGAGACCAAUAAAGUAUUGUUCUGUGGUGUUGCAAAGCCAGGCUGGAUUGAAAGCUGCGUAGGAGCUAAAAGGUAUCUGUUGUCAGAAGAUGUUAUCAAACUGCAAGACUUUCAGCAGAGGAAGCUGGCUGUGGCUCACCAUGCCAUGGGACCGAAAGGAAAUUAUUUUGAUGAAAUCAGACAAAAGCUACAAAAUGAAGAACUGAUUCUGCGAGAUGAGCUGAAGCUUCUCCUUCACCUGUGCCAGACUCCAGAUGAUAUGCUGGUGGCCAGAGAUGCCAUCUACAGGUAUCACAAGGAGAACUCUAACGUGUUGUAUGGAGAGUUUAAGUUUGGACCUCUUUUCAUGAGACUGUGCUAUGAGCUCGGCAUGGAGGACCUGGCUGCUGCAACAAUUUCAGAUAAAAAUUUGAAGGGAUUUUUCCACGACACAACAUCCUUUAACAUCGCUAUAGACAUGUUAUUCAUAAAAGGCUCCUAUGAAAGUGCUUUCAAUAUACUGAGAAUAAUGAGGAACCAAUGUGUAACAUUCAACAAAGACACACUGAUACUGCUGACUGCUACAUGCUAUAAGCUGAACACAGCAGAGUCCUACAGGAUCUGCACUGCUCUCAUUGAAGAACACCAGACAAAAGGGCACUUCAUCCCCAGACAUGCUUACUGCUUUGCUGUAGCAUUAGCACUUAAAAGGGAGGACCUAGAAAAGGCAAAGACUUUGUAUACGCAGAUAAUGAACACCGACAACAGACUAUGCCUAAACUUCAAGGUUUUAAUACUGAUAAUGACAGGACAAAUGGGGGACGCCGUAUCCAUCCUGUCUGCAUCCCUGUUGCCUAACACCCCUCAGUUUGUGAAAAAGCCUGAAUUUUCAAAGCAGGUGGUGGAUUUGCUCCUUUCGCGCAGUGAGGGGAGAGCGCACAUGAUGCAAGUGCAGGAGAUGGUGACUGAACUUGAAGAUGCUGGUCAGGUGUCUUUGCAGACCCUAGAUGACAUGCUGUGCCACACCCCCAGGGGGAAGAAGAAACCUUUGCAAAUGUUGCAGGAGAGGAGGAUCAGCCGGAGGACUCUGAAGCCUCUGAACUCUAAUUUACUGUCAGAAUGAGGUCAUUUAAACACAACAAUAACCAAUAGUAUUGAUCUCACAUCUGUGUGUUGUAAAUGUGAAAUGGAAAAUGGAAAAGUUUAUUUUUCUACGACAACACAAACGUUGUUGAGAGAGCUCGCCAUCAGUAGAAUAACAAGUUCAUUAAUUUAUACUGAACAACUUUACAGGCUCUUAGAUUGAUUUGUCUUUUCAUAAAGAUGCUGAACUCCACAGUUUAUAAAAUGCUGCAGCCUUUAAUGUUACACCAUCGAUGAUAUUAAACAUCAUCCCUAUUAGUUCCAGUUAUCCAUCUAUCCUUGAACACAGACACACUAACCCCUCUGCAGACAGGCCUUUGCCCCCACAUCUUCCUUAUAUUGGUAUAGCUGGUUGUUUCCAAAGAUUUCAUGUCAUGAAGGAUUUGGGAGAAUGUAUUGUGUAUAUUUAAGUGUGUGAAUGACUCAUUAAAAAGGUAUCAGAUA